AUGGGCAAAAGAUUGCCCGUUUGGCUUUCUCUUAAUGAUGAGGUAGAUAAAAAAAUCCUUCCCAAAUACCGUUCCUCACCAAACCUCAAACACUUCACCCACCAGGAAGAUUCUUCAAGCCCUGCUCCACCGGCUCUCAUUCCGGAUCGCAGGCACCUAGCCCUGUCAGCUGUCCCACCGAAGGCCUUGCAGGCCCCUACCGCCAUGGCCCGGCGUAACGAGAGGGAAAGGAAACGAGUUCGUUUGGUGAAUCAUGGUUUCGCAACGCUUCGACAGUACCUACCUCAAGGGAACACGCGGAAGAAGCUCAGCAAGAUGGAGACCCUCCGAUCAGCUAUAGAAUACAUCAAGCAACUUCAGUACCUUCUCGAACCUCCAGCAUCUACAUAUGAUCAAGCCAGUAGUCAUUCAGAUGAUGGCCGGUGGCCUGGAAUGAUGUCAGAAGGUGCUGCGGCAAUGAGCGGACAAGUAUGGGAUGAUGCCAUGGCGUGGACGACGCAAAGAUCUCCAGGGUCAGCAGGUUCCUCACCUCACACUAGCCUCAGCCCAGAUACAGACCUCAUAGACUUCUCAGCGUUUUCUUAGACAAUUAAAAUUAUUAUCCCGACAACAACUAAAAAGACGUGAUGCCAAGAUCCCGGAGAUUCAAACAAGUUUGAACGUAGAAAGUUAGAUUCUGCGAUUCAAAUUGGGUACAUCCACGAUUCACAUCUGCAAUGCACAUAGGAACAAGAGUGAUCGAACUUCUUACACCGCACUGCCAAAAGCACUCAAAAAUGAUGGAAUGAACUGAGAAAAUCAGACAGCAUUGGGAAGUGUCUUUCAAGAACUAUUUAGCAAGACACUGUGGUGUCUGGUGAUUCUCUGUAUACUAAAUUUAUGAUGCCAAAGAAAGCCAACGUCGCCAAGGUAUCAGCUGAAGUCCUCAGAAUGAGACUGCAUAUGGUAACACAAAAAAUAAUCGGACUUUUAACAGCGAUUAUUCUGGAAUCUUAUGUUCAUCAAUUGGAUGUACUUAAAACUGUUACCUGAAGCGAAAGUUACGCCAGUAUGGAAAUAUAAGAACAUUAAUUUUAAAAUCAGUGAAAUGAGCAUUGAGACAAUUGAACGCUUGAAUCGCAUUCAUUGUUGCCAACCGUAAGCAACAAAAAGAAAGUCGAGGAAUAAGAUUUUUUUUUAAAUUUUAUAUUAGACUGAAAAUUAAGAUGGUAUUAUAAAAUAAAAGCAAUAAGACAUAAAGUACAUAUUCUAAUAGAAAUCGAUUUAUAUAUGUAAUUUUUAGCUAAAGUGUUUAUUAGUAUUUCUGAAUUUAUUGGGUUGGAAUAUAAGUAAUGUCCGCUUUUUAAUUUAAAAAUUUUUAUUUUAACAAAGCAAAAAACAAGAAAUUAGUCAAUAAUAUCCGAGUUUUUGGAUUUUCCCCAUAGACCCAAGAUGUCGAACUAUAGUCAUUUAGCUACAACUCAUUCGUUCGGCUAAUUUUCGAGUGGUUUGAAGUGCAGAAGUUGAUUUAAACGCUCUUCAUAAAACUCAUUUGGUAGUCUGGAACGAGCAGCGUCUUCGAGGUCGAAAUUUCUAUUUCUGAAUUUGGCAAACCAUUUUCUUGCAGUUCGUUCAGGCAUUGCACUUUCUCCAUACGCUUGACAAAUCUCUCUUGCGGCUUCUGCACCAUUGGCGCCUCGAUUAAUCGCAAAAAGAAAAAGGUGUCGAAAACGCUUUUUUUUUUUUUUUUUUUUUUCCGAUUUUAUUUGUCGACAUUUUUUGUCGACUUGACUAUUGAGUCCAUUUUAAUGAUCUGGAAAAUAACAAAAAUGAGCUCAGGAAAAAAAAUCAAGCACGCCAUCUUGUAGAGGGAAAGAUUUUCUUUCGAAUAACACAAAACAUCAUGCCAAUACAUUUUAUUUUUAACGCGUAAUUUUAAAUUUAAGUCAUUUGAAAAUGAAAUUUUUCUCUGUUAUAUCUCUUCCUGUCGUCUGUUUGCCAAAUAUAUUUUUUUUCUUUAAAUGACAAAAGUAUAAUUGUUAGGAAAAAGUCUAUGCUCCAUGAUGCUGAAAGAUUCUACGUUUAAUAAUUUAUUUAUUACUAUAGGAGCAACUUAGGCACAAUACACUAAUAUAAAAUUAUAUUCUAUUAUUAAUCUCAAGUGCC